UUUUUCAUAAAUUAUAAAUCGGUCAAUCGUUGACAUAAACAAAGCAUUGUUUUGCCCAUCCCUAGUAGGAAUAUAAUCUUCUGUGUUAUAUAUGUGGAAGUGGAACCAUCACCAGUCAAGAUAACAUCAGCAGCUGAUACGUAUCCCGCUGCUUGUUUUCUGGCAAUUUCAUGGCAUUGGUCAGUGUUUUUGAAGCUGUCUUGGCUCUCAUUUGCUUUCUGUUCCUCUGCUGCUUGAGAAAUAAGAAUCGGUCUCCAAAGAGCUUUCCAAUUGUUGGGAUGCUGCCUGAGCUUAUCCUUAACAUUCACCGGAUUCACGAUUGGUGUACUGAGACAUUUGAGAGAUGCCACUAUACUUUUCUUUUCAAUGGCCCUUGGUUUGCUAAGAUGAACAUCCUUGGGACCUGUGAUCCUGCCAAUGUUCACUACAUAAUGAGUUCCAACUUUAACAACUUCCCCAAAGGACCUGAAUUCAAGCAGCUUUUCGACGUCUUGGGAGACGGGAUUUUCAAUACCGACAUGGAUUUGUGGAGAAAACAGAGGAUAGUUGCUCAAGAAUUCAUGAGAAAUCAUCUGUUUCUCAAAUUUUUGUUGAUGACUACCCGAGAUAAGGUGGAAAAAGGGCUUAUUCAUGUCAUUGACUAUGUUGCCAAACAAGGCUUGGUGGUCAAUUUAGAAGAUAUAUUCCAAAGGUUUACGUUUGAUACUACGUGCAUCUUGGUCACUGGCUACGACCCUAAAUGUCUCUCCCUCGAAUUCCCUGAAGCUCCUUUCUCUAAAGCCUUGGAUGAUGUUGAGGAAGCCAUAUUUUAUCGGCAUGUCAGGCCACAGAGCUUUAUUAAGUUGCAGAGGUGGUUGAAAAUGGGACAAGAACAAAAAUAUAGAAAGGCAUGGGAAGUUCUUGACGAUAUUAUGACUAAAUAUAUAUGCCAGAAAAGGAAAGAACUGGAUACGAGGACAAAAGGGUUGGUCUCAGAAAAUGGUGAAGACGGUGUGGAUCUCUUAACAUCAUACAUAACUGAAGAAAAACCAACAGGUUUGAAAUGUGAUGAUAAGUUCUUGAGAGAUACCAUUUUGAACAUGAUGCUUGCAGGGAGGGACACCACCAGCUCUGCUCUUACUUGGUUCAUUUGGCUGGUCUCGAGGCAUCCGAUAGUGGAAAACAAGAUCAUAGAAGAGCUUCAAUCAAAACUACCUGCCGAGGAAACCAAAAAGAGGCGGCUAUUCAAUGCUGAGGAGGUAAAGGAUUUGGUUUAUCUACACGGAGCAUUAUGCGAGGCAUUAAGGUUAUAUCCACCGGUACCAUUCCAGCACAAGGAACCUCUCAAACCAGACAUACUUCCAAGUGGGCAUCCAGUUCAUCCAACCAUGAAAAUAUUGUUUAGUUUGUAUGCAAUGGGAAGGAUAAAGUCAUUCUGGGGUGAAGAUUGCCUUGAAUUCAAACCCGAAAGAUGGAUUAACGAGAGAGGAAGGAUUAAACAUGAGCCGUCAUACAAGUUCAUGUCAUUCAAUGCAGGGCCAAGGACAUGUUUAGGGAAGGAUGUGGCUUUCCUUCAAAUGAAAGCCGUGGCAUCUGCUAUAAUUUACAACUAUCGUAUUCAUGUAUCAGAAGAAACUCCAGUUGUUCCGGCUGUAUCCAUUAUCCUGCACACCAAGAAUGGAUUGAUGGCUAGGAUCUCCACCAGAUGGGAUUAAAUGCAUCACAACUUGCUUGAAAGUUGAAAUCCUAUUAUAUUAUCAUCUAAAUCCUGGGGCUUUUUUAGUUUUAAGAAGUAAUAUGUAUUUUUCGUCUUUUCUGCUCUGAACGUCUGAAUAUGAUUAAAGAUUGUUGUGUAAUUUAAUGCCAUGAAAAGCAUGUAAAUAGGAUAAACUCGGCUGUUUCCGCUA